CCACCCAGUGCAGCAUCAGCACCUCGCUCUGGGUGAAUGCGGUGCCGCAUUGAACAAAUUUUACGGACACGUGCUACCAUAAUGCGCUGCAUAUUUUAUCUUACUGAAACGAAGUCCCGCUGAAAUUGCCUCGGACAACGUUUACAUGGCGCAAAGUAUAUAUGUGUGUGAAUAACACACGUAAGCAAAGACUAUUCAAGUCUGGCGCGAUUACGUAGUGAUGCUCAUGUCCGGGAUACGGACGGGAUGAGAGUCCUCGUGACUGCGGGGAGGAAAAGGGGGAGACUGAACCUAGGAUAAAAUGCUCUCAAAGGGAAUAUCGUGGCUUUAUAAUUAUUAUUCAAAACAAACGGAUGCAUCACGGAAGCAACAUAGCGAGCUGUUCACAACAAACUGCCUCCGCGCGCCUGCUUUCAUUUCCCUUUGUGUCGACUCUUCCCUUUUCUCUCCCGACACCGUUGUGCUUCAUGAGACGUGUUUUCCGAGUUCAGGUGGGGGCUGCGAGGCUCUCUAGUGGAUACCCGGUGAAGAUACACUUCGAUGUGAGCAGGACUCGUAUUGUGUUUUCCUCUUCGAGUAGCUAGAAGGCCGAAACUGCUCCGCUCCGCGCGGCCUGCUGAAGGCUCUGGGUACCGCAAUGCCGCGGGGAUGGGGAGAGAGAGACGGCAGGUGGGCUGUGGAGCAAGCCACAUCAAGGGAUAUCGGAGAAUGCAGAUGUACAACGCCAAGAAUAAGUGUUGACACAACAUAAGUUGAGUUUUAACAGCUGUGGAUGUGAUAUAGACCCUAACGGCGUAUUUAAAGGAUUGUCUUCUUCACAUAUUAAACACAUAGUCCCAUAAUUUAGGAAGCGUUUCAGUAGCCACCAUGCCCUCACCGUCGGACUCCAGCAGCGUGGCCUCGAUGUCGGGGUCUCGAGCCCUGUCCGGUAGUCGCAGAAGGAUGUCUGGGCGGACCAGUGCGCGCGUGCUGCUGUACCUGGGCUUGUGUCACCUUGCACUGGGGGCCAUGGUGCUUGCUUUCAGCUUCACAAGCCUCGCCUUCACCUCAUCACCCCGUGUCAGACAGUCCUGUCCUUUCUGGGCUGGCUUCUUUGUUGUGGCAUCCGGAGUAGUUGGUGUGAUAUCAUGGAGGAGGCCCUUCACUCUCGUCGUGUCGCUCUUCAUGCUGCUGUCUGCAGUGUGUGUGAUUCUCAGUCUGGCUGGUUCCAUGCUCUCAUGUCAGAAUGCACAGAUGGUCAAAUCUUAUGUUACCUGUCAGGUGCACAGUCAUCUGUGUCUUUGCUGUGACCCCAAGCAGAAAUGUUCUAUAACAGAAGAUGAGGCACUACUCCUCUACCGACAUUCAGACUGCCACUCUGUGCGUCACCGGCUCAAGGAUCUGCUGUUCAGUGCCUGUGGUCUUAGUAUUCUCUCUACUAUUAUCUGCACUCUGUCCACGGUCACCUGCAGCAUUCACAUAUUCUCUCUGGACCUACUGCAUCUACUGGCUCCUCAUCGCUCUCGCUCUGUAAACCCAGAAUGCACCACUCCUCAGGAUGCAUUUCUCAGUAACAUGAUGGACUUUGAGGAGUUUGUUCCACCCAUUCCACCACCACCGUACUACCCUCCUGAAUACACCUGCAGCUCUGAGACCGAUGCACAGAGUGUCACAUAUAAUGGAUCAAUGGAGAGUCCAGUGCCUCUGUACCCAACGGAUUGCCCUCCUCCUUACGAGGCAGUGAUGGGUCAAAGGGCUCCCAGUCAGGCCACAGUGUAUGACACUCAAGCCAAUGAGCUGUCUGGAGAGAGGGGAACAUCCAUAGCAUUCAGUGGUGAAGUGUCAAUGGACAGUGGCUCUCUGUUGAUGUCUGAGAUUGUGGAUAUUCCAGAUGACAGCUCCCCAUCUGAGGACUCCUGCCUCAUGGAAGUGGGUGUUGGUAUGCGGUCCCGGCCUCGGGGGGGCAGUGAGGGAGGGGAGGGGGCAGAGUACGCCAGCUUCCGUUCUUCCACACAACAUCCUGAGGGAAUGGUGGCUCCUUCCAGAAGACGUUGUUUCCGAGGCGAGAGAUCGAACUCCUGCUCCUCCCCGAGCACGUACAACACCUCUACCUACAGGUCUCCAGUGUUGAGGCGUCAGGCUCUGUUGGCAAGUAGCUGCUCUCAGUUGGAGUUCCUAGCAGGAUCUCAACAUUCCUCUAUCCCAGAAAUCCGAGUUCGGCCCUGCACACCUUCCCGACGGGACUCCUCAUCUGCAUUUAGUAACCCAUCUACCACAGCCCCAACGGGUCCUGCUCAAGAACGGCCGGACCACGCAGUACCAGUACUCUUUCCCCGGCCAGGUUUCCGUGAGCAAAUUGGACGUGAUAGAAAAGACAGCGACAGCUUCUUACCUCUCAUGAGGUCACACAGUGAACCAGGACUCAGCUCUUCAACUGACACAGGGGAUUUCAGUCUCUCAGGAGGCAAUAAAGGAGUCAGUGAGGGGGGAUCGCAGACCUCAUCAGAAACAGGAGUAUCGUCUGGAGCUGGUUUGCUGCCUCGCUCCUCUCUGGCACUUCCUGCUUCCCUGCCCAGAAAAGGCAGCAUUAAGGCUAUAAGUAGUCGGCUGCCCUCAAAACAAGUCCCAGCCACCUCGCUGCGUUUACCCAAAGACUGUGCACGCUCACUUGGAGACCUCAAGGUCACCAAAGUUUUAGUGCAACGUUUUCUGCAGAGAUCCAAACGUAAUUUAGCACCUGCAACUGAGCAUACCGCAAACUGUACUCAGGGGACUAAAAAGAGGACAGCAGGUGAUGGAGGUCUGUCAUUAGAACAGGUACUUCGUAACUCUCUGGGGGCCAGCAGGGGGCAGCAGCAGCAGCACAUCCAUCAUCACUGCCGUGGACACCAUCACUCCCUUAGUGACAGUCGCCAUACUGCCCACCGCCAUGAUGAUGACCCUGUAAGGGCUGGGGGAAUCCACCUGCGUAGCUGCGGAGACCUCAGCUCGACAUCCGUCGCAUCACUGCGCCGACUCCACCCACCGUCGCACGGAUCAUCAGGAGCUUUUUACCCAGAAUCUGCCCUCUGAUAUUGGGCGAAGGAUUCUGGAAUAAAUCACAUCUGGAUUCAAGAAAGGGGGCAGAGAAAAUCUGAGGAAAAAAUGACAGAUCUGAGAUGAGGAAUUUCUCUUGCUGAAGGGAUGAUGUGAAGCAGAUGAAUAUGCUGUUUGAAAAACAGUAUAUGUAUCAUUGGGGAAGGUUUUAUCUGUUCUUUCCAUAAUAAAGACCAAACACUACACCCGAUAUAACAGAGUUUAACCCGUCAGACCCUCUGCUCUCUGUGCCUGCCAAACUCCGGUCCUUUUGUUUUGAAUUUCCGUGUAUUUUUUGCUCCAUCUAGUGCUUAUUUCUCGCUCACUGUUUAAAUGUAUAUGGAAAGAAUGCAGCUCCUCUAAAACGGUUUCUUGUCUUCACAGCUCAUUACAGUGCACUCAUGUAACAACAAACAUUCAACCUUUUGUUUGGCUGUAACAAUAUAGUUAACUUGGGGGGAAUUCAUUUAAUUAAAGGAUUUAAAUGGAUUUAAGGGAAUACACAAAAAUAAAAAGAACAGUAAAAGAGGCAGGAUAAAAGUAUUUGGAAAGUAUCCAUUCAGUUUGACUUAUUAUAUCACUUAAUAGACUGUGAAUUUAAAAUAGGUACACAUACAGUUUUUUGUGUAUGUCUAAUAUUUCGAAAAUAUAAAAUAAUUUCAUAUCUUGUCAGUCAAUUAUGCAUUAAAUUAUAAUUUGAAUAACAAAUUAUUCAGCCUACAUUUUCAAUUCAAAAUGGUUAAAUGUAACAAAUAAAUUUGAGUCGUUUGCAUAUAAUUGGAUAUCAUUGUCAGACAUUUAAUAUUUUGUAACAGUUGUCAGUUAGCAUAUGGUUAACUUCUUACAUCUUACCUCACAUUCUUCCACUGUCAAACACGGAAGCAUCAAGCUGGAAUUCAUGUUCGUAAAGCCUGCCUUCUUGGUUUUGAAAGGUCAUCUCAAUCAUUUUGACUCUGAUGAGAGCUGUCAGACCAUUGAGGCAGACCAGCCUAAAAUGAUUUAAAAUGUUUUGUGAUCCUAACAACAAACACAGCAACGUAAAGAAUAUCAAAUCUGGUGAGGGACAAUUGGCAAUUUCUAAAUUUUGGACUGUGGUUGUCUGUGAUGGUUACGGCCCUGCAAACAUACACAUGCAAUAAAAUGCAUGACCACACACACUCAAAUGUGGUUUUAACUCUUUUGUAACGAGCCACUGAACGCUUUUCACUAAACUCUUUUCACUAAUUGACCAUCUUGCAAAGUGUAGCUAAUUAAUUCAAACAUUAUCCGAGAAGCUGCAUCAGCUGAGGUUGAUACUCUUUUUUUUUUUUUUUUUUUUUUUUUUUUUUUUUUUGGUAGAAGUGCAUGUUUUUUCUAAAACAACUAAGAUAAUUCAAGUGGAGUUUGAUCUUUUGCAUCUGUCUGUCUCUCAUGGCAGACUAGCUUCCCAGCCUGUGUAAUACUUUCCUAGAAUGCCUCUGCAUGCAUCAAGCAGGCUUGUUUUCUCUUUUUGAUUGAACACCAAAUACACACAGAUACACAAACAUGCUUGUGACAAAACUAGGUACCACUAAUGCAAGUUUGAGAUUUUGGAUUUUAAAAUACAGAAGAUUCUCUGGCAGUAAGCAUACUGUAAUUUCGAACUAUUGCAGGAAAUUGGGACUGACAUUGAGUGAUACCAAUGAAUACUGAACACUCAUUGGAAGUGAGACAAUGAAUCAAGUCAAACUGAUAUGUUCAAGGAUUUUACAAUGUUCCGGACAGUUUGGGAAUGAUACUUUGGAAAGACAGCUUCUGGUGUAUCUACUUUGUUGUACUGGGAAAUAGAUGUACAUCUGAAGGAAUAAUUGCCGUUGUCAAUUGUUUAGAAGUGCUUUGGAAUGCUAGCUAAUGGCUUUGAAUCAGUAGCAAUGUUGCUGAAUAAUGCAUUAAUACAGUUGCUCUAUAUGUAAAUAAGUUUGAUGCACGGACCCUCAUGCUCACACACAUUCUGCAACUUUGAAGCACUGAAAACAAAUCUGAAAAAGAGCUUGAUAUUCUACCUCUUGUCUUGCAUACACUGACAUGUUAUGGCCCAGUGGAAUAUUUAAAUUAAUUUAAGGAUUUUAUGGACUAUUUAUGAAACAACUUCUACACUGAUUGAUGAAAACAUUGCUAUUCUGGGAAUAUGAUGCCUAAAAAGAACAUUUAAAAAAGCUCUACUUCAUGAACUUUUAAUGCAAGCUAUGUAAAAUCACAACAAUAAAUGUAUACACAUCAAAUUUAUCAAA